CCCAGAGUUCGGUUGGAGUCACUCUAUAAAUGUCCCCGGGAGUUUCCGAAAUCCACACUCGGUGACUUCAACUGAACAAUGGUUAACAUGAGCGAUCACCAAUCUCUACAAAAACACGCACAGACCCUGAAUCCGAAACAGCCGAGGAAAAGAAAUAAUAAAAAGAAAAGGAAUCAUUGGGACAAUAUACCGCCAUCAACUCACAUUCAAACUUGAUUGUCAAGAGACUGAUUUGAGGUCUGGUGUGCUAGGUGUGGGAGCAUAGCGUGUUGUGUCUGUGGAUAGCGACUGAUUGGUGCGAUGACUGCGGAGUGGCUGUACCCCCCAGGCGUGGGGCCGCUGUGUGGUGCAGAGUUGGAGGCGUGGUAUGAAGACCUACAGGAUAUACUGGGCUCCGACGCGGGCGGGGCUAAAGUCACCAGAGCCCCGCCUUGCUCCGAGAAGGAGCCCGAGUUUCUGGAUGUGUUGGAGAGCUGCUCGCUCACCUGGUUGACGGAGGGGCAGGUUUGGGGCGACGGGGUGCAACGGGUCACCGAUGAGCCACCUGUCGUCCACUCGCCACCGCGAAAAGAUGACCGGAGAGGGGGCGAGUCGGAGCACACCUCGUCCGGAGGAGACCUGCUUCCGCCAGAGUUCUUCGAGCUCCUCAGCGAGGGCGGCGUCGGGUCGGCGGAGACGAUGGUGAGCGGCGGGUACCAAGGUUCGCAUCACGCGCCUCCGUCGCCAUCCGCGAGCGAGGAAGAGCUUCCGACAGUCCAGGACACAUCGUCCUGCUCCUCGGAGUCCUCCUCAUCCUCCCUCAACUGCUCCCCUCCUCCGUCCCCUCCAACACGUCCGGGAAAGAGAAAGCGGGCCGGCGACAAAGGAGGAGGCGCACUGUGCUCCCCGUCCCCCGGGAAGAAGAGCCGACGGGAGCGUGAGCAGGAGAACGAGAGGAAGGUGCAGGAGCUGACGGAUCAGAACGAGCGGCUCAAAGCCGAGAUCGAGCGUCUGGGAGAGGAGGUGCAGCGGACGCGCCGGGCGCUCAUCGAGAGACUCGUCAACACCAGGAGGUGAAGGAGCAGAAGGAGGAGUCCAGGGGCCAAAGAGAAACAAACAAUUGGUGGAAAUCAUCUCGCGGUGACCGUGAAAUGCACAUUUAGAGGGAGAUAAAAGACACGUGGGACGGGGGGAGAGAGGAGGUUCACUGAGCGACUCCCGCCGAGAGAGAAUGAGAAAGUCAGAUUAAGCCGUAGAAAAGAAAGAAUGUGGAGCCCAACGCAAACACAGAAUGAACUCAGCUUUCUUUAAGAAAAUAAAUUAUUUGUUUUUGAGUAUCUAAGUUCAUUUAAACCAACGUGAUACAUUUUAAAUCGGCUUGAUACAUUUAAAUCAGUUUGAUGCAUUUAAAUCGGCUUGAUACAUUUAAAUCAGUUUGAUACAUUUUAGUGAACAUUAUUUAAAGGUAAAUGCUACAAUGCAUGUUACAAUUUAACACAUGAUAUUACAAAUAAAUUGGGAUGAGCAAUGUAUAAAUCGAAAUAUUUUUCAUAAAGAAAACGAAGCACAAUUUUAAUUAAGAUUCAAAAAUGUUUUGCGGUAAAUUAAAAUGACUAAUGCAAUAAAUUAAAGGCAAAUACUUCAAUGUAUAAAUAUUACAAUUGAACAAAUUACAUUACAUAUACCAUUUGCAUUAUGCUAAUAAAAGUAUCAAAAGCAAAUAAGAAAUUAGAUUUUUCAUGAAGAAAAUAAAGCCUAAUUUGAGAAAAAUCUGAAUGGUUUUGCAGUAAAAUGAAUAAUACAAUUUAAAAUAAAAACAUUUAAAACAGCAUAAAUGAAAUGCAAUAUUAAAAUUGAAUGAAUGCCAUUUCGAAAAGGAUAAGUUGCAUUACAGCAAUAAAAAUAUUAAAAGUAAAUAAUAAACGAGAAAAUGAAGUCCAAUUUCACAAAAGCUUUUUGCAGAAAAUUUAAUAAUUACUUUAAAUGCAAUGUUUUAAAUGCAAGGUUUUAAACAUUUAAACCGGCAAAAAUUAAAGACUGUAAAACAAGUAGUACUGUGCGUUUUUUAAAUGAACAAAUUACUGAAUAAGAUAAAUUUUGCAUUGCAUUAAUCAAAAUGCGGCAUGUGAUUAAUUCUCAUUAAAAUAAAAAUAAAUCACAAUGCAAAAAUUGUAAUGCUACAUGUAAAGCUGCGAUAAAAGUGCUGUAAACGUUUAUUAAACUACCCAAAGCUUAAUCAACUUUCUGUGUAAUUGAAAGCUGAUUGUUCAUCAGUGCCGAGGAAGUCUUGAGGGAAUGUAGCAGAGACGACGAGAGAAAAGGCAGAACUGCGAUAAUAAAGAGAGCAGAAGAGAUCUGAUUGUAUCAGUGACGGUGAUUGUAGGUGCAUUUCAUUGUAAGCAGCCAGUUUUCAUUCAUGUCGUGUGUUAAUGAAGGGCUUUAACCGUGUAAAUUCACUCCUAGUUGACAGAGAUUAGUAGCUCAGGACUGUUAUAGUGAACGAUUGUCAGCGUUUCGCACCAUCAACCCGAGGCCUCUAAGAGUGUGUGUGUGUGUGUGUGUGUUCAGAUGAAACUAUGAAUGGAUGUUCGUAGCGAUUUUGCUCUCACUUCUUCUCUUGAAACUUUUCCAGGAUUUUUAGAGCUAGCAGUUUAUAACAUACUCUCAGUUUCUGAUCAUUUCUAUUUUUCUAUACGUGUAUCCCAUAAUCAUCAUGACAUACCUUAUAUUGUAGUUUCCUUAUCUUACAAUAAACAUGCAUGC